CGGCCGCUCGCGCCGCGCGCGCGCGAAUUCGAAUUUAGAAUAAUAAAUUCUCAACGAAGGAAAUUACGAUUUUAUUUUUUUUCUAUUCUGUUUGUUUUGUUUAGUUUUUUUAAUGUAUGUGUGUUCGAUUUUUUUUAUUAUUAGUGCAUGGACUUUUUAGUUUUUGUGUGCAGUGAAGUUUUUUUUUUAAGUUGUUUCUGGUGAUUUUUGUUUUUCAAAAUCCAGGUACCUACAGGAACCGCAUCCAAAAUGUCUUCAGAAAAGAUCCUCCAUGAGGACAAUGGGUCUUCAUCAGGAUCCCUAAGGUCGAGGUCCGAAGACAGUGAUAGCAAUCCGGACAGUGCCACAGAUUCCUCAAAUAGUCUCUUCAAAAAUAAUGACAAUACUUGUGCCGAAACUUGCAUCGAGGAAACCAAAUGCGAAGUCAACAAGAAAAGGGGAACGUAUUGCAAUCCUGUAGUCCAAUGUGUGUGGGGUGUGCUGCUGGUACUGCUCUCAAUAAGCAGCUUCAUAUUCACGCCUCUAGAUUUCAUGCUGUUAGAGAAACUGAAUAUGAGACCUGGUAUGCCACCUUACGAGUGGUGGUCGGACCCUCCGGAUGAGGUCAAGUUAAGAGUCUACGUCUUCAACGUGACUAAUCACGAGAGGUUCCUGCUGGGACUCGACCACAAGCUGAACGUGGAAGAAGUCGGUCCUGUGGUCUACUUAGAAAAGCUUCUCCAUUCGAACGUUCGCUUCAACGAGAACAGUACGAUGACGUAUACCGCUAAGAGAUUCCCUAUAUUCCUGCCGGACCUCAACCAUCUAGACCUAAAUGCUACCAUCAUAGUCCCUAAUGUUGGGGUUUUGGGCAUAUUCUCUUACCUCCACAACGCGAAUUACUUCGUGAAGACUGUCCUAAGAUCUCUGGUCAGCAUGUACAGUCCAGAGCCGUUCGUCCAAGUUUCUAUAUACGAUUACCUCUGGAAUUUCACGGACCCUGUUCUGGAAAUGUCCAGAAAUUUGGUUCCUGGUUUGGUACCAGUCAGCAAUGCUGGAAUGUUGGCUAGGGUGUACGCAGACUUUACGGACGAGAUGACAGUGAAGAUCGGACCUCAGUGGGGUCACAAGCAGUUCUUCCAGAUAGAUCGGUUUCGGGGGCAACCACAAAUACCUGGAUUUGAUCCUGAUGUAUGUCCAGAUCGCAUAUUCGGCUCGACAGAGGGCGUCAUGUACGCGCAAAGACUCACAAAACAGGAUGUUCUACAAUAUUGGAGGAAGACUGUUUGCAAGCUUAUGCCGUUGUACUUUGAUAGUGAGCUGACAAUGUUCGAUGUCCCACUGUACCGCUACAAUUUAUCAGAGAGCGCUUUCGAUCGUGUCACGAAUGGCACAGACUGCUACGACACAGUCCCGAGUCUACAUCCAGGCCUUAGUGAUACAUCGAAGUGUUAUUUCGAUUUCCCAAUGGUGGCUUCUUUCCCGCAUUUCUACACCGGCGGUAUACCGAAAGAUAAGUUUGUGACCGGCCUCAAACCUGACAGAUACAAACAUAAUUCCUUCGUUAUUUUGGAACCGUACACUGGUACGCCCUUCGAAGCGGUGGCGCGGAUGCAGAGCAACCUACUGGUUCACGACCUUACAGGGUUUCAGGAGAAGUUUGCGAAUGUGUCCAACUCCGUGAUACCUUUGUUCUGGGCCGAAUAUCACCAAGAGGGCCUUCCGUCGAAAAUAAGGAUGACUGUUUAUUUUGCAACAGUAAUAUUACCGCCAUUAUCGAUGAUCGUAUCGACUAGCAUGCUCUUACUCGGAAUAUAUUUACUCGCCAAACUCAUUUACAGAAAUAAUUUAGAGAAUGAUAGUCUAAAAUCAAUACUUAUAUUUAAAAGCAAAAAUAAUAAUGCAAAUAAAAAUAAAAUGCUAGCAUUCGAGAAAGAAACUUUUUUGAAGACUAGUUAGAUUAAUUUUUACAAUCCAUCGAUUGUAUGUAUGUUUGAGUCGAUAUUUUUAUAGAACGAUGUUCUAUGAUUGAAUGGAAAAGCUUACAGUUUUUAGUUAAAAAUGGGUAUAAAUAAUUUUUAAGCAAAGAUUAGUUAAUAAAUAAUUUUAUAAAAUAUACUGGGCAGACUGUCAGAUAAAGCACGAAACAAUCGUUCUUUAUAAAUAUAUUGACUCAAAAAUUAUUAUAUUGUAAGUUUUAUAAUAAAAUAAAAGGGAAAUGGUAAACAAUGUAAAUAAAGACUGAAUAUCAUAUAUUUCAUGACAUGGCCAAAGCACAAACGAAAUUUAAUGAAAUUGAUUUUAAUUUAAAAAUAACGUUUAAUUUUUCCUUCUUAUUACAUCUACCUCAGAGUUACUGUAGAAAAAAAACUACCAACAUUAAAAGUAACAGUUUUGACUCUUAUUUUGUUUAUUUUUCUUUUUAUAAUUAAAGUGUAAGUACUUAUUCUUGAUUUAUUUUAAAUACUUAUUAUUUGUUAAUAUCUCUUAGCCGAAACUAUUAUUUUUAAUCUAUUGAAUAGAUUAUGAAAGGUGUAAGCGUAUAUUUUAAAAAUAUAUUGGGGGUUAGUUUGUAGCUGUGAUUGUUCCUAAUUUAAAAUAGUUGCAACAAUUUGCUCACUGUUAGCUUUAAGUUAAUUAUAAUAAAUAAAUAC